AUGCAGUUUAAGCAACAAGAGAGCAGCGGCUCUGCUGCCGUGCUCGACGCGAAGUCGCCUGCUCCCGCCGCCCCCGUCAAGAGGGUCUCUUCCACCCUUCCUUUCGGCCAGCCCGUCGCCCUCUCCUCCAUCUCCGGACCGACCUACGUUACGGCUCAGCUGCUCGUUCAGCAGGUCUCCUACCUUCUGUCCGACAAGAUCUUCUCUUACUCCGCACCGACUUUCGACCUUGAUGUUGCUGCCAAGGCCUGGGCUGAGGCCAAGGAGGAGAACAUUCACGGCGAGACCACCGACCUUGUCCAGUUGCAGACCAGGACCGGCGCCGGCGCCCUCGCUCUGGGUUACAUCUUCAGCCCCGAUUUCGACCUGGCCAAGAGACACCUGCCCCAGACCCUGCUCGCCCCUACUCUGAGCUUGAGGAAUCUCCGUGCUGCUCUCGACCAGCUCAGUCUACUUUACGGUGUCGCAUCUCCCUUCGUUGCCCACGUCGCGGCUCUGGACUACGAUGCCACGAACGGCCUGGUUUCCGACUAUGACACUGCUCUGCGCACCGCCGAGGAGCUUGGCCUUGGCCUGGUUUCCAGCUCUAGCGCCUAUGAGACCCAGCACAUGGCUCUCUUCGCUACCCUUAUGGCCGCUCUGAUGCCCACUCUUCACAUCUACGACGGCGUUAGACUCGCCCGCGAGACCUCCCGCGUUGUUGAUGCCCUGAGCCGCAGCGGCAUUGCUGACCUGUACAACAACAUCACCUCCGAGUCCACUGGUGUUAGUGAGAGAGCCGCCAUCUCCUCAAAGGUUGCUGACCUUCUGGAUGUGUUCAACAAGCACCUCGACCCCACCGAGGACCACGAGAGCCAGCACACUGCUCUCCUGGCUACUCUCAUGACUGCUCUUACUCCUACCCUGGGUGUUGAGGACGGUGUCAAGCUCGCAAAGAAGACCCUGAAGGCCUCCGAUGCCCUGAACAAGAAGGGUGUUGCCGAGACCUACCAGAAGAUUUCUAGCGAGGUUCAGUCUCUGAACAAGAGGCUGGAUGACGCCGGCAAGGUUGUUGAGCUUCUGAAGCUCUUCAACAACGAGCUCGGCACCGCCUAUGACCUCUUCGAGUACCACGGACACGAGGCUGCCGAGGCUGUCCUUGUUGUCUUUGGCAGCGCCGAGGCCCAACUGGCCAAGCAGGUCGUUACUCGUCUGGCCGCUGAUGGUGUCAAGGUUGGCGCCAUCAACGUCCGCGUCUACCGCCCCUUCGUCGAGGAAGCUUUCUUGGCUACUAUCCCUGACUCUGCUCGUACGAUCUCCGUCUUGGGUCAGGUCAAGGACGAAAUCGCCGUCAACGACGCUUCUCUGCAGUCCGCUCUUUACACUGACGUUCUGACUGCCGUUUCUUUCUCCAGCAAGUGGCGCCAGGACCCCACCGUCUCCGAUGUCAAGUACUCUGCCUCGGAGGCUUUAACCCCCCAGACCGUCGCCGAUAUCUUUGGCAAGCUUGUCAACAGCGAGGCCGAGUCCAAGCCGUUCCCCUCCUUGGUUCAGGCGCACCAGUACACCUUCUGGGACGUCGACAACUCUGCCGCCGUUGACUCUCCCGCUGUUAUCAGCAACCUGCUCUCGCGUGAGUCCACCAGCAAUGUCUAUGUCCACGAGUCUUUCGACAACCUGCUCCAGGGUGGUAUCGUUCGCACGGACAUUCGCAGCUCCAAGAAGGCUGUCGAGGCUCCCUACGCCAUUGAGGAGGCUGAUGUGGUCGCUGUCGGUGAGGAGAAGCUGCUCCAGGACCUUGACAUCCUCAAGAGUGUGAAGGCUGGCGGCAAGCUCCUUCUUCAACUCCCCAACUUCAAGGAGGAAGACGUCGAGAAGCGUCUCUCCCCCGUUGUGCGCAAGCAGAUCCAGGACAAGGCCAUUGAGCUCCACGUCCUUGACGUUGCUGCCUCUCCCGCCUUCGAGAAGGAUCCCCAGGUUGUCAAGUUCCUGUUCGAGCUUGCCUUCCUCCAGAUCGCUCGUCCCGAUAUCACUGCCGAGAAUAUUGCCAAGAUCUCCCUCAUCGAGGGCUUCCCCAACACCCUCGCUGAGUGCGUCGAUGCCCUUAGCCUUUGCCUGCGCAAGGUUGAGUCCCAGGCUGCCUGGGCUGAGCUCCCUGAGGAUGUCGUUGUCAGCCCCCUCCCCGCUACUAUCAAGCCCAACAGCUUUGUGGCUUUCGACAAGGAGGAGCCCGAGGAGGAGUCCAAGCUCGUUGACUGGCAGGCUGCCGCCAAGGGUCUUGUCUUCAAGGAGGCCUACGGUACCCAGGCUACCCUGCGCCCCGAGCUGCCCGUCAAGACCCACACCGUCACCGUCAAGGAGAACCGUCGUCUUACCCCCGACACGUACGACCGUAACAUCUUCCACAUCGAGUUCGACCUCGGUGACUCCGGUGUCACCUACAACAUCGGUGAGGCUCUCGGUAUUCACGCUGAGAACGACGACGAUGAGGUUCGCGCAUUCAUUGAGUGGUACGGUCUCGACCCUGAGGCUCUCGUCCAGGUCGCCGCCCGUGAGGAUUCGGCUGCUUUCGAGACCCGCACCGUCUAUCAGUCCCUCAAGCAGAACAUCGACGUACUUGGUAAGCCGCCCAAGCGCUUCUACGAAGCUCUUGCCGAGUUCGCGACCGACGAGAAGGAGAAGGAGAUCCUUGCUGGUCUUGGCGGCCAGACUGGUGCUGAGGACUUCAAGAAGCGCACUGAGGUUGACACCCUCACCUACGUCGACAUCUUGCAGGAGUUCCCCUCGGCCCGCCCGUCUUUCCACGACCUUGUCCGCAUCAUCUCCCCUCUCAAGCGUCGUGAGUACUCCAUUGCCUCCGCCCAAGCCGUUACCCCCAACUCCGUCGCUCUCAUGAUCGUCGUCGUCGACUGGGUCGACCCCAGAGGCCGUACCCGUUACGGUCACGCGACCCGCUACCUCUCCCGUCUCCCAGUCGGCGCUGAAGUCACCGUGUCCGUCAAGCCCUCCGUUAUGAAGCUGCCCACCUCUUCGAAGGCUCCUCUCAUCAUGGCCGGUCUUGGAACUGGUCUCGCCCCCUUCCGCGCCUUCAUCCAGUACCGCGCCCUCCAGAAGGCCCGCGGCGAGGAGAUCGGCUCCAUCCUGCUGUACCUUGGAUCCCGUCACCAGCGCGAGGAGUACCUGUACGGUGAGGAGUGGGAGGCUUACCUCGACGCUGGUGUCAUUACCCACCUCGGCGCCGCCUUCUCGCGUGACCAGCCGCAGAAGAUUUACAUCCAGGACCGUAUGCGCGAGUCCAUGCGCGAUCUCGUGCAGAGCUACAUCCGCGACGAGGGUAGCUUCUAUCUCUGCGGUCCUACCUGGCCCGUUCCCGACGUUACCGAUGUGCUGAUGGAGGCCAUCAACACUGAGGCCAAGAUGACCGGCAAAAAGGUCAAUGCCCGCAACGAGAUUGAGAAGCUGAAGGAGGAGGACCGCUACAUCCUCGAGGUUUACUAA